AUGUAUCAUUAUACAGUCAAACCGUGUCGCCAUACAAUUUGUACUGAUUGUCUAUAUGACGCAGUUCUAAAAAAAGUUGAAUCACAACAAGAUAUAUUUAUCUGUCCGCGAUGUCCUGCUUUCGAUAUACAUGAAGAUCAUCAUUCCGUGCCUGCGGAACAAAAAUGUACUAUCCCACAAACCGCACCAUCAUCUAUUACUCAAGAUCAAACUACGUCUGCUUUCGCAUGGCCCGAUGGUACUGAAUCGUGGCAUCUUCAUGAAAUCCGAUCGCAACGGGAGUCAUUUGUCAACAAAAUCGAUCCAGAACCGUUGAUCAUUACACCAGCAAGUUCAGUAGAAAGAGAACAUCAAUCGGUCGAGCGUGUCCAACAAUUGGAUCGGGAUUUAUCUGAACCUACAUCAAAGGUUGAUCAAAUAUUGGUUUUACCUAAUCAAGCAAUAAAACAUUUUCCUGACGUAGUUGAUGUCGAUACUGAUCUACGAGAACCCUCACGACCAUCCGAAACUCCAAAUUAA